AUGAGAUAUUCUCAUAAAAGUCUCUUUCUCAUAUUAGGGAUUAUAAAUUCGGCUUAAGCUGAUAUUCAAGCAGGGUUGACAGAGCAUUUCAAAAAAUGGCUGAGCGACAACAAAUACGACACAUUCAAUUUUAACAGAGAUGACAUUAUUGGAGGUUCUUUUGGAGGCAAAUAAAGUGACACUGAUGUUAUUAAGAACAGACCGAUAAUCUUUGUUCAUGGCAAUUCGGAUGUAGCAGUCGGAGUAGAUGACUGGAAAAUUGGUUACACUUAAACUAUAUAGUAUCUCCUCUCACAUGGCUACACAUAGUAGGAACUCUAUGCAACUACUUGGGGUAAUGGCAAUUACAGUCUAAGUGGACUAGAGACGCAUGAUAAAAAAAGAAUAAUGUAUUUGAGACCCUUUUUUGAAGCCGUACUUGCUUACACCAAAGCUGAUAAAAUUGAUGUUGUCACUCAUUCAAUGGGUGUGACCUUAACAAGAAGAGUAAUUAAAGGUGGAAAAAUUGAUAUUGCCGAAGAAUAGUACGAUGUCGGCACUCCUCUUACUGCUAAAGUUGAUACGUUUAUAUCUCUUGCUGGAGGAAACUAAGGCAUUCUGGAAUGUGCAGUAAAGCUAGGAGAAACCUGGUGUAAUAGUGAUAAUGGAUAUUAUCCUGCUCCACCCUACAAGAAUGAUGGACCUAGCAAGUACCACUAGCUCCUGAAUAGCGAUGGUAUUCGUGAGGGAGAUCAUGUAUUUGCCCUGCUGUCAUUAAAAGAUAUGAGAAUGACAAGUAACGAUCCCCAAUUUGGAAUGAAGACUGGUGUCUUCCCAACUGUUGAUGAAUCUUAUAUUUUCUCAACAGAGGCGUAUUCACAUUUAUGCUUGAGAGAUUUAACUGCUCCUUUGAUUUUGCAUUUGAUUGAAAAUCGUACUAUGAAAGAUUUCAAUUUUGAUACCAUGUUUUAAUCGGGACUCACUUGCAAGUACCCUACCCCUUAUGUGAUUUAAUGA